AUGUCGGCACCCCCGGCUCUGGACAUAGCAUGUCAGAAGGGGCAUGGCAGAAUAGCAAAGGUUUUGCUUGAAAACGGCGCUGAGCCCGGAGGCUGCAGCUCGUUUGCGCGAGCCUGCGGCGAUGCUAUCGAGCGAGGAUACUACGACAUCGCUGAGCUGCUCGCAAGCAAGGUCAACGCCAACGACGUCGACGUCAAGUCUCUGCACCCGAAAGCCCAGGAGGAGCAUGCUGACCUUCCUCCUCGACCGCGGGGCUGA